GUUCAGAAUACAGGGGUGAAGGAGUUUGGUUGGUUGGAAGCUCCAGAUGGGCUUUGAGAACCCAACUGAGCGUCAGGUUAAGCUGGUUAUUGUAUUUUUAAGGGCACACUUGGCGAUUUAGAAGCUGAAAAGUCUGGACCAAUGCAAGUGACCGGAUCGCUGCGAGGAUUGUGAAAGCUGGGGGGGAACCAAAUUUCCUGUCUGAACCCACCAGGAGAUCGUAAAAAGUCUGGAGGAAUCCAUGGUGGAGUCAGAUCUGUGCUUGUAGUUGAGAACAGGAUGUCGACGCUGCCGUCAGAAACCAACCCCGAGGAUGCCAACAAUCGCAGCUUCUGGAUGCCUGGGAACUAUCAGCCCACUGUGAAGCGAACGGAAGACGCUUUCCAGGCCUGUAAUGACAUCGUGGCGUGCUUCCAAGAGAGGGCUCGGGUGGAGAGGCAGUACGCGCAGCAGCUCAGCGAGUGGAGCAACAAGUGGAAGCCGGUAGUGGACUCCAGUCCUCUGUAUGGAUCUCUCAUGAAGGCCUGGCAGUGUUUCUUGUCCUCCGCCGACCGGCUAGCCUCCUUACACGCCUCCAUCUGUCGCUCGCUGGUGUCGGAGGACGGGGACCAGGUCCGGACCUGGCAGAAGGACUCCUUCCACAAGAAGUUAUUCGGAGGCUUCAAGGAGUCCCAGGACACCGACACGGGCUUCGCACGGGCCCAGAAGCCGUGGGCCAAACGGCUCAAGAAGCUGGAUAAAGCCAGGAGGGCGUACCACAAGGUGAGCCGCAAGGAGCAGGUGGCCAGGGAGCGGGAGGCCCACGCGCAGGGGAACCCGGACGUCGCCAUCGACAAGCAGAAGAAGAUCCAGGAGGAGCGGGAGCUGGCUCAACUGGAGUCUGAGAAGGUUCGGGCCCGCUACGAGAAAGUCCUGGAGGAGGUGAACCGCUACGCGCCUCGCUACAUGGAGGAGAUGGAGUCCAUCUUUGACCAGUCCCAGGACGAGGAGCGCAAGAGGAUCGUCUUCCUCAAGCAGGCCUUCCUCUCCAUCCACAAACAUCUGGACAUCACCAACAACGAGAGCGUGAGAGCCGUGUACAACGAGCUCCACAACACACUGAUGGCCAUCGAUGAGCAAGAGGACCUGCGCUGGUGGAAGAACACCCACGGGCCUGGCAUGCCCACCGACUGGCCGCACUUCCAGGAAUGGACACCUCCGAAGAAAGCCAAAAAAGGGAAGAAAGACGUGGAGAAGAAAGGAACAAUAGAGAGGAGCGUGAUGAUUGGAGGAGUGAGAGUCAGAGCUCUGUAUGACUACGUUGGCCAGGAGACGGAUGAGCUCUCCUUUAAAGCAGGCGAGGAGUUUUUGAAGGUGGAGGACGAGGACGAUCAGGGCUGGUGCCGGGGGAUGAAGGACGAAGGGUGGGAGGGGCUUUACCCCGCCAACUAUGUGGAGGUGGUGGUGUAGCUCCCGCGCGCAGACAAUGAGGACGAAAGGUCUCGUUGCGUCACACGCUUUCAUUUCACCGUGGAACGUCGCGGUUACAAAGUGUCAGAAGGAAAAGUCAAAACCAAAAAUGCUGUAAAGAACAAGCGGCGAGCAGCCGUUAGUCAGUCAAAGACGUGGUCUGUGGUGAGAGGGGUGGGUCGCACUGAGGUGGAUAUUUUCAGCAUAUAGAGAUUUUUUGAAAUCCAUGCCCAGGUUGUGUAAUCUCUCGAAGGAUUUUUGACAAAUGUUUUAAUAUAUACAGUGUGCGUAGACCACUUGUAUUGGAGCCAUAUGAUAAGCAAUGCUUUAAUAUAAAAAAAGAAAAAAAUGCUGGACUCUUAUGGUACAUUAUAUAUCUAACCAUCUGGUGCUAAAGUUGCGUUACAGGACUGCUAUUUUUCUUUGAGCUGUUUAAUUUCUUUUUGCACCUCAACACAUCGCUAUUAAAAAAAAAAGAAUGAUCACAGAGCCUCACGACAUAUGAAGAAAGUGAUGCUGAUACUGUGAUUAGAAUGAAUCUGAAGCGGCUCAGCGACAUGACCUGUGUUUCUGUGCUGGGUUUGGGGUUGGGUUUUUUUUUGGUGCAGAGGAACGGGCCCAAAUGUUGAGGAAGGUGCGUUUGCUGUCUCACACUGAAUUCAUCGUUAGUGACGAUUCAUUAUCAAUUUGAUCUUUUAAGUGCGGUGGGGGGAAACUGCAGCCUAGUGCAGCGGCAUCCACACACAUUCCACGAAGUCCCAUGCGGCCUAUAGUUUGUAGUUGGUUAUAAUCCAUAUUUUAUCGAUGUUAUAUCACAUUUUAACAAUGGAUCGUUGGCCACUUUUAUGUGGAAGGGGCCGACCGCGGUGGCACGCCCGGAGAGUUAUCGGCCGACCUCGGCGGCUCCGCUCCGGCUCCGUGGAGCUUUAUUGUUUUGGUCUUUUGUAGACCUGCAGCUAUUGUUUUGGUUUUUGACUCCCACUGCUUUCACUGGUUUCAUCAAGGAAGGCUCUAAAAACGCCACCGUGCACUACGUCCUCGGCCGCGAACAGCAGGCCGGCGCGGUUAGCGACCGUGGCUGGUGAACGAAGGGGGGACAUUCAGCAGCCAGCGGAGACGGACGUGUCCCCCCGAGAGACAGCGGAGAGCGAAGAAAAAGAAAAUAAAAAGGCAGUAAAUAUCAAGACUUACAUUUGCCACACUCCACAUGAAUGCUCGCGUUGUUCCAUGUCUGUCGGAGGUGUAAAUUUGCCCCCCCCCCAGGACAAAACAUAUAAAAGUAAAAACACAAAUAUAAAGGAAAUGUGCUCCAGAUCCAAAAAUGCAACAGAUCAAAAGAUAAAUCUAGUAAAUCGACUCUAUAUCACAUUGAUUAUAUCAUAAAUAUAUAUCCUGCUCUGGAGCUAAAUAAAGGAAAAGGUCAGUAGAUCACAGGUCACGUUAUGUCCGCACAGUACAAACAUCUAGAGACAGAACUUCUUCCGCUGAUUCUCAGUUUGACAGCAAACCUUCGUAUUUCUCGGCACGUCAGUCUGUUCCUUUAACAUAUGUACUGGGGAACAAAUCGUGUUCCUGUCUGUGUCUAAUAUCUACUCAUGCGUCGCUUUUACCAAAGUAAAGACAACUGCUGGGCUCGCCGUUGCCCGUGUCCGUAUAGCCUUCUUUUGUAUCCAUGUAUGUGCUGUGUGUGUAUUUGAUUUGUCAUGGUAAAACUAUGCAUAUUCCCCAAGAACACUUUUUUUUUUGGAAAUAAAAAUUCAAGCUGUUUCACAAGCAAAA